AUAAAUGCUUUGCGAGUGGCCAUUAACCGCCUGCUGUGCAACGGUCCUAGCAGCACGCUGCAUCUGGGGUCUGAUAAGAUCAAUCAACAGCAGGAGGACUGUCGGGACCGCCUUACCAGACUCUUCAUGAGGUCUCCUCCAAGAGAAGCUGUCCCUCCACUGUACUAUGAGAAGCCAGGAAAAUGGAACCAAGUUGAUCCUUCUCUGAAGAUGAGCAUUGCAGAACCUGGAGGUGGAAACACAAGAGGUGUUCUCUUCCAGCUUCAUCCCGUCAUUCUCCUCAACUAAGAAGACACUCUACUCCUGUAAGAAUCUCCAUGGGAAAUGGAGCUAGUUCCAGUGUUGUAACAGGAGCAGUUGCUCAGAGUUUUAAUUUGAAAAACUGGAAAGUGUGUAUUUUAUUUUAUGUUUAAAUAAGACUGUAACAUUCAGUAGCUCAGUGAAGUCCUGCCUUUUUGUUGUUGGAGAUUCCAACUUUAACUUUGUGGCUAUUUAAGUUUGUUUCAGUUCAUGGUGACAUCACUUUUGUAAGUGUUUCAGCUGCAGACCAUUAAAAAGUUUGUCUGCAACAGAUGAGGCUUGUCAGUCUUUAAACGUAGGUUCUUUGUGACCCCAGAGUCAAGCUAAAUAUGUCAACGCAGCAGCCGCGCUGCCACAGACUGAACUCUAUGCUGUCAGUGCCAAAACUCAAAUGCCUUAUAUUUAUAACUCACCAUUCUAGUCUCUCCCUCUUAUCUCGACAAAGUUAGCUGUUGUGUCACACAGAAACUCAUCUUCAGCUAUUUCAGAUCAUGCWGAGCAAGUGAACUCAGAGAGAUGGCCGAGCAGAUGUUACACCAAGGAACAUUUAUUUUUCUUAUUCUUGUAAUUAAAUACAUACCGUAAGUGCAAAUAGUUGGAGUCCAGGGUCUAACAAACUACAGAGUAUAGUUUAACAUAGUACAAAGUUGGACAGUUAUUCAAACAAGCUAAAUAUCACCAGAUACUUCUUGUCUUCAUCGUAGUUGUACAACAGUACCUAAAUGUGAGCAUGUGUAUUGUUCCUUAUAGUUAUACAAAAGCAAAAACCCUACAGUUACCACAUUUAAGACGCAUAUCUUAAGUUAUUUUGUGCUUGAAAACACCAAAAGGAAAACCUUUUUCUUUUUCUUUUUUUACUGAAACAAAGUAGUAUUUAACACUGGCAGCAGAGCACAUCUAUGGACAUUCAGCCUUUUUGUGCUAAACCGUACAAUUUGUGGCAAGCACUGCAAAAGCGAUAAAAURAAGCGUGAUUUUUAAAAACUGCACAAAAGAUGAUGAAAUAUUAUUUACCCAAGGCUCAACUUCAUGCACUUCAUAAUAAGCAACACAAAAAAAAAAA